GAGAAGCUGGUGGGUGGGACGUUUGACUGCUUCACAGGUGCAUUUUGAAUGGUUGGAGUAUCAUUAUGGCCAGCGGCUUGAGGCCAAACCAAGCAGUGCUGCGCAGUUGGAUAGAUCCUCAGAUAGACAGCGGGAUGACGGGCUUCCCGUUUUCUCAGCGCGCGACUACCACCGAUUCUCAAGUCGAUAUGUUGAACCACUUCUCCGUGGACCCUGGUGUGUCCAUCGCAAAUAUCAAACUGAGUCCAGGUCACCAAGCUAACCAUACUUUUCAUCAUCAACAAUUUCCACAAAAUGGAUAUGGUCACAUGCCCUCCGCGGGUUAUGGAUCGAUGCUGCGUCGGGAUCCCAUGCAAUCCUUUUCGGACGCAUACGGGUCCCCCACUGGGGCCCUUCACGCUGAUCCCUCUCACAUGCUUUUCACAGGUAUGAUGUCCGACCCUCACAAUUAUCACAGUCACAUGAGAGUGCCAUUACCGGGGGGUGCUGAUGUGUACGGCAGGACCGAUGGUUUUAACCCUUCUCACCACCACCACCAUCAGAUGACCAGGACUGAUCCAUAUUCGGCUUCGUAUCAUCAUCACCACCAUCACUAUCCCACGCAUCAUCUUCAACCUCCAAGUGGUGCCUUUUUUCGGUACAUGAAAAAUCCGGGUAUCAAGCAUGAAAUGGCAUGUUUAUGGAUUGAUCCUGAUCAGAUGCCACCCAAGAAACCGUGUAAUAAAAUUUUCCAGACUAUGCACGAGAUCGUUUCACACAUAGCUGUGGAGCACGUGGGUGGACCAGAGUGCACGAAUCAUACCUGCUGUUGGCAGGAGUGUCCCAGGAAUGGGAGGCCGUUUAAGGCAAAAUACAAACUUGUCAAUCACAUACGGGUUCACACUGGAGAGAAACCUUUUCCCUGUCCCUUUCCUGGUUGUGGGAAAGUAUUUGCUCGUAGCGAAAACCUCAAAAUUCACAAAAGAACCCAUACAGGUGAAAAACCAUUUAAAUGUGAAUACGCUGGCUGUGAUCGCAAAUUCGCCAACAGUUCCGACAGGAAAAAGCACUCUCAUGUACACACGAGCGACAAGCCUUACAACUGCAAAAUCCGAGGUUGUGAUAAAAGUUAUACGCAUCCAUCAUCAUUACGUAAACACAUGAAAGUACACGGUGGCAGUGGGAAAAGUCCGCCACCAGUGACGCCAAAUGGAAGCACAUCUGGAUCUGGAUAUGACAGUGACAGUGGCACUACAACGACAAACCUCAGUGAGUGGUAUGUAUGCCAAUCCACCAUGCCAACUCCUCCAAGCAAUGAACAUUCUCCAGUUGCUCCAGUUCCGAAUCCUGUGUUGAACACAACCAGUCAUUUACCUCUUCAUAGUGUCUUCUGACGGGGUCUCAACACCACACAGUGGUGAGCAAGCGUAUUCUUAUGGUCAAAAAUUCCAUCGUAUGCAAAAGCAGUUUGCAUAUUAAGACGCAGGCAGUCUUAAGUAUUAAAGCUGGUCAUAUCGAGCUCUUGUGUUCUUAAGGUGGAAACGAGAUGGCUUUGGCGUAGCUCGGCGAAGCCAUUUCGGAGUGUUAUGCCAAUUUAAAUGCAAUCAUGUCUAUAAUAAGUAAAUAUAUAAAGCAGAGUUAAAUAACUAAAUUUCCUAUGGUUGUACUGCCAGUAGAAUUGAACACGUAUUAUAUGGUACAAGCGUGAUGUUACGCAUUAAUUUAGCUGGUUUCAUUUAACACUUUGUUGACCGGAAACAUUGCGCAUUAUCAAUUUCAUGUCGCCUAUCGUUAUUUCAAUGUGAAUAGACUUUUUCCCAGAGCAGAAAUUAAAAAGUCCAAACAAAUAUUUUAUUCCUAGAUACAGGUAUCUCAAAGGUAUAUUUAAUCAUUUCAAUACGUUUUCUAAAAAAA